AUGCGCGAGUACAUUGACUCUCUGUUCAUCCGUCCACGGAGCUUCUCACCGCCAGAAGAUCUUGGUCCAGGCGUCAACAUCGAGCGCGUUGAUAUCGACGAAUGGCCACUGUACCGCAUUUCAACCUCGUCAGCCACGGCCGGUCCUGCCUUGCUGUACUGCCAGGGUGGCGACUUUGUCAACGAAAUCGUGCCGCAGCAUUACAAAAUCGCCGCGCAAAUUGCAAGGGAUACUGGACUGGCCGUUGAAAUUCCGAUUUACCCUCUUGUUUUUCGGGGUAAAGCUACCUUUGAGUGGGUUGUUGAAGGAUUAUGCGAUAUCACGACUCAAACCAACAUCGUUAGCAUCGCGGGUGACUCCGUUGGGGGUACCCUUGCCAUGUUGACGAUGCAGAGUCUCAUCCGCAAACAGCCACAUGUCGCAUCACGUGUCAAAUCGCUUAUUCUGAUAUCACCCUUGCUGGACUGUACCCUCAAUCACCCCCAGACCAGAAAGUUGGAGGCUAUCGACCCAUGGCUCGGCGUUGAUGGUUUGCGCCUGGCUUCGGAGGAAUUCAGUGGGGGCUUGGAGCUUUCUGAUCCCAAUAAGACAGUGCCACCAUGGUUGCAGGAACAGAAGGUUCAAGACCAAGCUACUGGGACUGGCUGCUAG